GAGACCUGUCAGAUGACAACCAUGGAAUAAGAAAUGAGAUUAUCUAUUAAUAUAUGAACUUACACUAUAAAUUGAAGCAAAUCAGUUAUGGUCAAUGUUAACCCUCUCCGAUUCAAUCAAGAUCACCAUUAUAGUAACUGCGUUUUUCAUGCUAUUAUUUACAUUUACUUGUAUAAUGUAUAAACUGUCCAAAAUUACAAUACUUGUGGAAAUGGCAGGAAAAUCAAAAGAAAACACAAAACACAUGAAGUUACCAUGGCGAGAAAACACCUGUGAAAUAUCUGAAUCCAACAUUAAUAAUUUGGAUAAUGGCGAAUGGCAUCAUCUCAAACAAUUUUCCAGACAAGAUCAAGCUAAAGGGUUUCAAAAUACAGCUCACCUGUACUGCGAUGUGAUCACAGGAAUAGUGAGAGUAACUAUUCAUUACAUUGAUGAAAAGCUUGUUGUAAAAAACAUUAUUUGCGAAGAUAUCUUUCCAUGGGAGUAUAAGUGGAACACAAAUAGUUAUGUGACAGUACAGCUUCCCUCAACGAUGACUCAAGAUAUUCAAAGAAGUGAAGUACAAACAGGAGUACAUAUGGUAUAUUAUGAACAUAAUUUUGUGUUCAACCUUCGCAAGAGUGAUCUUCAAACAACCCAAUUGAAUUUAACUGUUUGGAAAACCGGAAGUGAAACAACAAAGAAAACGGAGAUAGGACAAUGCAUGAUUGUCAUGGAUAGAGAUGAAAUGAUGAAGGCAACGGAUUACGUUAUGAUGAAGAAAUUUUUGAAAACUACGGUAAGCGCAAUAUGAUAUUAUGAAUAUUUUGAAAGACAUCGAAUAAGCAAAUAAUAGUCCAUGAAUAUUAUUGGCGCACAAAACUAAAAUUUUUAUGGAAGGAGGGGAUAGAUUGUUUUCAUUUAGAUUUUCAACAAAA